GUAUGCAUAUUAAUCAAAUUACCAUCACUGGGGCAUGGCAGUGUGGGCCGGGAGAAUUAUUCACAUUCUCCUAAAAUGACAGCAGCAGAGAGCCUUCUGCCUCAGUGGCUCUGGCUGGUUUCCUGCAGGGCUCCCAGUGGAAACCCCUGUGGCUACCUGUUGCCGUCUUCCAUGAGAUGUUAGUGGAGAGCCACUUUGACGUGGAAUGAUCCUAAUAGAUUUAGCCAGACUGGUUUUGCAGAAACGCUUUGUGCUGAGAACCGCAAGCUGGUGCACCCUGUGUCAUAUCUACCCCUAGCCAGCUGGAAUUGUCUGCAACACGUGGUGCCCGGUGAGGAGGCAGGCAGGACAGCUGUGUGCUGCAUCCAUGAGACCUGGAAACUCAGUUUGCUUUUGGAAAAGAGAAUUGUAUCCGAGUUCAUACUUCUCCACCCCAUCUUGCCAAGGUUGCGGAAAGUAAAAAUUGGCAGUAUUGGCCGCUGCAGCUUCUCAGGAGACGGGACCAUGUGAAAAGGUGGGGAUCGCGCGAGCGGAGGAAGGACAGAAAAGCGAGGAAAGCCUAUGCCGCCAGCGACCGGCAGGGGGCACGUCGGCCACGCUCGUCACCGCUUCCUGGCACGUGACCACCGCCCUGCUCUGUCGUUUUAGGGCCUGUCGCUUCCGGCGGCGGCGGUUGCCAUGGGGACGGAGCUUGGGUGGCAACCAGAACUAGGGAGCUGGUGGAGAAGGUGGCGGCCGCUGGAAGGAGGCCCGGGAGGUGGCUGAGGGGUCCAAGCGGCGGGACGACUCUGGCCUUUUGAAGACCGGGGUGGGUGCUCUCUAGGAAACUCUACAGAGAAGAAUGUCAGAUGCAGAAGAAGCUCCCCGAGAAGCAACAAGAGAAAAUGGAGAAACAGAAAUGAAAGAAGAGGAGGAACCUAAUCCAAAUUAUAAAGAAGUAGAAGAUCCACAACAGGAAUCAAAAGAUGACACAUUAGCAUGGAGAGAGUCUCAGGAGGAGGAGAGGAAAACGGGUGAGGAGGAAGGGGAGGAGGAAGAGGAGAAGGAGGAGGAGGGGAAGAAGGACAAAAAGAUUGUCAUGGAAGAAACUGAGGAAAAGGCUGGAGAAUGCCAGGAGAAGGAGGCUUCAGGAAUACAGGAAGAAACCACAGUGGAGCCCCAAGAAGUCACAGAGUCCAUGAUCCGUUUGGAGACACAGAUUACCGAUUCCCAGUCAGUCACAUCAGGAAUUUUCCCAAAAACCCAAAGAGGUAGCAAGUCAAAGCUUUCCUUACAAUUGGAGGAUGCAGAAACAGAUGAGCUUUUAAGAGACCUGAGCACACAACUUGAAUUUCUUGAUUUGGAUCAAAUCAGUCCUGAGGAACAACAGAUUAGUUCCCCUGAAAGGCAGCCCUCAGGAGAGCUUGAGGAGAAAACCGACCAGAUGCCCCAAGAUGAACUGGGACAAGAAAGAAGGGACUUGGAGCCAGAAAACAGAGAGGAGGGACAAGAAAGGACAGUAUCCGACAUCCAGUCCAAAGCAGGGAUCUCCCGGGAGUCACUGGUGUCCAGUACCACAGAGGACAUUCUGUUUCAAAAGGAUAAAAGCGCCCCGGUGUAUCCCUUGACCAUGACCUGGUCGUUUGGAUGGAACAGUUCUCUUCCUGUUUACUAUAUUCGAGAGGAAAAGCAGAGAGUUCUUCUGUAUGUUUGCGCUCACACUGCAAUCAUCUACAACGUGUUCAGGAAUAAUCAAUACCACCUUCAGGGCCACGCCAAUAUUAUCUCCUGCCUCUGCGUCAGUGAAGACAGGCGGUGGAUUGCCACAGCAGACAAAGGGCCAGACUGCCUGGUGAUUAUAUGGGACUCCUUCACAGGUAUUCCUGUGCACACAAUAUUUGACAGCUGCCCUGAAGGGAGCGGCAUCAGGGCCAUGGCCAUGACCCACGACGCCAAGUAUCUGGCAACCAUCUCAGAUGCUGAAGUCCAGAAGGUAUGCAUCUGGAAGUGGACUUUGGCAGUGGAAACGCCAGCAUGCACUCUCGAACUCCCCACAGAGUACGGUGUUCAGAACUAUGUUACUUUUAACCCAACAAAUAAUAAAGAAUUGGUGAGCAAUAGUAAAACAUGGGCAAUAUAUUAUGCAUGGUAUGAAGAGAGGGAUACACUGGCUCAUAGCGCCCCACUUUUAACUGAAAAAACCUUCAACAAGCUUGUGGGAAAGUUUAGCCAGUCCGUCUUUCACUUGAAUUUAACACAAAUACUCUCAGCCACAAUGGAAGGGAAGCUGGUUGUCUGGGACAUACACCGCCCACCCUCAUCUGCCUCCACCUUUUUGGGCUUUCCCUAUAUCAAGCCUUGUAAAUUGGUUCAUUUGCAGAAAGAGGGUAUCACUGUGCUUACCACAACUGAUAGCUACAUUGUCACAGGUGACAUUAAGGGAAACAUUAAGUUCUAUGAUCACACGCUGUCUAUUGUUAACUGGUACAGUCACUUGAAACUGGGCGCCAUAAGAACUCUGUCCUUUUCAAAGACCCCAGCAACUCCUCCUACCGAAAAAUCAAACUAUCCUCCUGACUGCACUUUAAAAGGUGACCUUUUUGUCUUAAGGAAUUUUAUCAUUGGAACAUCUGAUGCCGCGGUGUACCACUUAACAACAGAUGGGACCAAACUUGAGAAGUUAUUUGUAGAGCCCAAGGAUGCCAUUUGUGCCAUCUCCUGCCACCCAUAUCAACCCCUCAUUGCCAUCGGGAGCAUCUGUGGGAUGAUCAAAGUGUGGAAUUAUGAAAACAAACAAUAUCUUUUCAGCAGGGUUUUUGAGAAGGGGCUUGGAGUCCAGAGUCUGACCUACAACCCGGAAGGAGCCCUUCUUGGAGCUGGCUUUACAGAGGGGACAGUUUACAUUCUUGAUGCAAUGUCUUUAGAAAAUGAAAGCCCAGAGCCUUUCAAAUAUUCCAGAACCAGUGUGACUCAUAUAAGCUUUUCCCAUGACUCCCAGUAUAUGGCAACUGCUGAUAGAAGUUUUACUGUGGCUGUUUACAUGCUGGUGGUCAGAAACGGACAGAGGGUCUGGGAGUACUUAGCAAGACUUCGCUCUCAUCGCAAAAGCAUUCGAAGUCUCCUGUUUGGGGUUUACCUGGACAGCAAUGAGCCUAGACUGCUGAGCCUUGGGACAGACAGGCUCUUGAUAGAGUAUGAUCUUCUCAGGAGCUACAAAGACCGCCUGGAAGUCCUGGACAUUCACCACACCGACCAGGGCUGCUAUCCCACCUGCAUGGUCUGGUACCCACCACUCACCAGGGAACUCUUCCUGCUUAUUUGCAACAGUGGCUACAAAGUGAAGCUUUUUAAUGCUACCACCAAAAUGUGCAGAAAGACGCUUCUGGGGCCAGCUUAUGGUUCCCCUAUUGAGCAGACACAAGUCCUCCCAGUGAGAAGCAUGGCGGAGCUACAGAAACGCUACUUGGUGUUUAUUAACAGAGACAAGGUUGGACUUCAGAUCUUACCAGUUGAUGGCAAUCCACAUAAGACAUCUGCUAUUGUUUGCCACCCGAACGGGGUGGCUGGCAUGGCCGUUUCCUAUGACGGCCACUACGCUUUCACUGCGGGAGGGCACGAUCGCUCGGUGGUGCAGUGGAAAAUCACCUUAAGAGUCACACCAAGCCUAGGCUGGUCUUGAACUCAUGGGCUCAAGCCUUGGCCACCCAAAGUGUUGGGAUUACAGAUGUGAGCCACUGCACCCGGCUAGAACCUUCUUUCUAAAAUGUUUGUCUUCUUCUCAGUCGUCGUGGGAUCUGGAACCGUAGAAAUUUAAGAAGGAUUAAAAAAGGCCUCUGCUUUCCAAUAGCUUUCUCCUGGCCAGAGUCCAGCCUUCUGAGAAUUUCAAUUUAAUCUGUGGUGGGGACAAAGGAUCAUUAUAAACUAAUUAUCACUUCAUUGCUGCUUCUGGUGACUUAAUAUGAUCAGCACUUCACUAAUGGAAAGAAAUGUAAAAAACCUAAACAAGUAAACAAACAGAAUUUCCUACUAGAGUUACUGACAAUGAGUUGUAGGGGAGAUAAAGAUGAUAAAUCCUCUCACAUUCGAUCAUUUUAGUCAGUGCACCCCUUGGCCCCAACUGCUACCAUCACAGUCUAUGGCGCUUCUGCCCUGGGAGAGCCCCUUCCAUCCCCUCUCUCAGGGUUCAUGCCACACGCCUCUUCUUCUCCCUCUCCGUGCUAGCAUGCCACCCUUUCUCUUCUCCUUGUCUGGCGUCUGUUUCAAAAUCCUGCAUUACUUUUUUGUGCUCAUCCUCCCUGCCUCCUGUCAUCCUGCUGCCCUGCUCAGCCAAGAGCAGAGAGACCCCGAUUCGAAUCCUAGCUAGUCACCACCUGCUAGCUGGAUGACGCCAGGCAAGUCCCUUCACUUCUUGGAGCCUCAGUUCCUCCAACUGUUAAAUGGGACUGCUACCACCAAGUUCAGACCAUUCCUCCUCCUCCUCAUCCAGGGAGCGUUUACAGAGCACCUACUGUGUGCUUGCCACAGGGCUGAGCUUUAGCUCCUUUCCAGAAGUACUGUAUGGAUUGCUGGGUACACAGCAGGUUUUCAAUAAGUGUCAUUUCCCUUUUGUGCCCUAAUGACCUCUUUUCUGUUGCAAGUGUUAGAAGCACAAUUUAGGCAAAAGGGAAUGUAUGAGAAGGUCGUUGGGAUCGCAUGUAGCUACACCGCAGGAAGGCCAUGGACAGCGGCACACUUGGUGCCCACAGCACUUGCUGUCCACUUGGCCCUGCUGUUGGCUUCAUUCUCUGCAGAACUGGGUUUCCUUACUCAGCAGGAAGAUGGCUGCUGACAGUUCCCAAAUUUCACAAAUUAUAACUCUCACCACAGAGAGAGGGAGUCUCUUUCCCAGCUUGUGUUGGAGAAAUCCCAGUGCAGCCCCCAGGCCCCUCUGGGGUCAGUUGACGGUGGCCAGGAUGUAAGGGAUGUAGGGGAGCUCUGAACACCAGAGCCAGGAGCUGCGGGCUGUUCUCAGAGGACCAGGUGCUCUUGCCAGCCUUUCCCCUCAGGGGCUUCUGCUGGGGACGGGCUCCUCUGUGUCACUUCCGGCCUUUACCUGGCCCUGCUCCAGAGCCACAUGGCUAAAAGUGGCCUUGCUGCUCACGGAGCUUGUCGGGAUUGGGCCUGGGCCUGGCCUGGAGGCCACAGAGAGGGAGCCCUCUCAGCUGGACACUUGCCGCCAUGGCCUAAUAUUUGAGCUGAGAAAUGGGGAAGAUCCAGCCCUGCUAGAGGGGCCCUCAGGCACCCCGAGAAUACCCAGGUUCCUCAGACCUUAAGCCAGCCCAUGGCCUUGUGCAUGCCUCGGUGAGAGGACCCAGGACAGUGCGUGGCAGACUCUUCCUAAGAAAGGUGUAGGAGGGUGCUGAUACCCAUUUCCGUGGCCGUAAUAAUCCCAACCACUUGUGCUGAGUUUUCUCAGGGCUGGGGCCUGCACUGAGUGAGUUCCAUGUAUCAUCUGAUUUCAUCCUGACAGCCAUCCUGGGAGCCAGGCACCAAUAUUAUCCCCAUCAAACACAUCAAGAAGCUAACUCCAAGGGGUCUGAUGACUGCCCAAGCAACGGAGGAGGCAGUGGGGCUGGGAUUCACAGCCAGGGCUUUCUAAGUCCACCCCACACCUUAACAAACAUUCAUUACAGGAGGAAAAGAAAGGACUUUUGUCUCCAAUCUUUGUGAUAUGGUUUGGCUCCGUGUUCCUACCCAAAUCUCAUCUUGAAUUGUACUCUGAUAAUUCCCGUGUAUUGUGGGAGGGACCUGGUGAGAAAUGGUUGGAUGGUGGUGGGGCGGGGGGUGGUUUCCCCCAUGCUGUUCUCGUGGUAGUAAGUCUCACGAGAUCUGAUGGUUUGAUAAGGGGAAACCUGUUUCACUUGGCUCUCAUUGUCUCUUGCCACUGCCAUGUGAGACGUGCCUUUCACCUUCCGCCAUGAUUGUGAGGCCUCCCCAGCCACAUGGAACUGUAACAAUAAACCUCUUUCUUUUGUAAAUUGUGCAGUCUCAGUUACGUCUUUAUCAGCAGCAUGAAAAUGGACUAAUAUAGUACAUUGGUACCAGCAGAAUGGGGCACUGCUGAAAAGAUAUCUGAAAAUGUCAAAGAGACUUUGGAACUGGGUAACAGGCAAAGGUU